GCAAGCAAACAAUCACGGUGACUUCCCAAAGCAGUCCACCGUGUAUUAAAGUGUCUCCUGGUUCACGAGAUCGUUGAGAGCGAGGGAGGCGACGGGAAUAGAUAAGACAGUAAACAUUCAUGGUCAUGUUAGGAGAAUUCCUGACGGGGAUCGGGGCGACUCUGGGGCCAGCGGGGUCGUGCCUGCUUGCCCUGGUGGUCCUCCUGCUCAUCUUCUCUCCCGGUGGUCGUCCCAAAAACUUCCCACCAGGUGUACCGAUGGUGCCAGUGUUAGGCUCCUUACCGUUUACGAGAGGAACAGUCUCGCGGCCCUUAUUGAACUCGCUGAGGAGGAAGUACGGAGACCUGGCAAGUUUCGGCAUUUUCAACCGGAAGGUCGUUUUGGUCAGCAACCUGAAGACCAUCAAGGAAGUGUUCUCGCAGGCGAAGACAGCAAGUCGACCGGAGCUGUUUCUCACAACCGUUAGGAAUAAUUUACUCACGGACGGCAGACACACAUUCUUAGGUAUUCUUGGCUCGUCGGGAGAGCUGUGGCAGGAACAGAGGCGCUUUGUCCUGCGCCAUCUGAGGGACUUGGGCUUCGGCAAGACCAGUCUGGAGCCGCUCAUGAUCCUCGAAGUCAAGGAGCUGAUGGACCAUAUCGCGCUGCAGAGAGAUAAGCCGAUUGUCAUGCAGCGCUUCUUCAGCCGGUCUAUCAUUAACGUGAUCUGGGCGAUGGUGAUGGGUAAGAGGUACUCUUACGACGACGCCAGACUGGCCACCCUCCUGAAGACGUUCAUCGCCCCGGCCGACAUCAACUUCCUUUCUCCUCUCCAUUUCAUCCCCGGAGUGCUCAAGUUCGCUCCUUACUUGCCCUUCCUGAAGAAAGACGUCAAGCCAUUCAUCAGCGUUACCAAUUUCAUCAAGCACGAAGUGGAAGAAUUCCAGCAGGACGAGACGGCGAGGAAUAGCGACUGUCUGGCGGCCUUGUAUCUGCGAGAGAUUGAGGAGCACAAGAACGAGCCUUCCUUCUUUCACAUGGAUCAGAUGGUAUCCGUGAUCUUUGAAAUGUUCGUUGGCGGAAGCGAGACCACGUCGAGCACCCUGACCACGGCGGUGUACCUGCUCGCCAAACACCCGGAGGUCCAGAAGCGAGUCCACGAGGAAUUGGACAGCGUGGUGGACCGAGACCAGCUGCCGUCCUUCUCCCAGUGGGACCAGUUACCAUACACACAAGCCACUAUACAUGAAGUGCAAAGGACGCUAAGCCUAGUGCCGUUCAACUUGCCUCACGAAACGGUGGAAAACCUCACUGUUAAUGGCUAUAUCAUCCCCAAAGGAACAAUUCUCAUCGCCAAUAUCCAGGACUGCAUGAAAGACCCCGCCUUGUGGAGGAACCCAAAUGAGUUCGACCCGAGGAACUUCCUUGAUGACGAGGGGAAUUACAAACGAAAUGAGGCUUCUAUGCCCUUUGGGUCAGGCAAGAGGCAAUGCGUGGGAGAGCCCUUGGCCCGCCUGGAACUCUUCCUCUUCUUCGCCUGUCUGAUGCAGCGGUUCCACUUCUACGACGUGGUCCAGGAAUCCUCCAGCAGCAGCAACCCACUCUUCGCAGCCGUGCCGAAGUACACAGUGAGGGCUAAAGCGAGAUUCUACAUAAUUUGCAGUGUAGCUCUCAUCCAAUGCUGUCUAAGCAGAGCAACUGCGAAAACCACUAAAAAUGAACUGCUGGGUAAUAUCAAUCCAUUCAUGGUCAUGUUAGGAGAAUUCCUGACCGGGAUCGGGGCGACUCUGGGGCCAGCGGGGUCGUGCCUGCUUGCCCUGGUGGUCCUCCUGUUCAUCUUCUCUUCCGGUGGUCGUCCCAAAAACUUCCCACCAGGCCUGCCGAUACUUCCCGUUGUGGGCUCCUUGCUCUUCACGAAGGGAACGGUCACGAGGGCUUUACUUAGUUCCUUGAGGAAGAAGUACGGAGAUCUGGCAAGCUUCAGUAUCUUCAGUCAGAAGGUUGUUUUAGUCAGCAACUUGAAGACUAUUAAGGAAGUGUUCUCGCAGGGGAAGACAGCAGGGCGCCCUUCGUUGUUUAUUCUUAACAUCAGAAACCAAUUGCUUACAGAAGGAAACCACCCAUCUCUUGGGAUUCUUGGGUCGUCGGGAGAGCUGUGGCAGGAACAGAGGCGUUUCGUCCUGCGCCAUCUGAGGGACUUGGGCUUCGGCAAGACCAGUCUGGAGCCGCUCAUGAUCCUCGAAGUCAAGGAGCUGAUGGACCAUAUCGCGCUGCAGAGAGAUAAGCCGAUUGUCAUGCAGCGCUUCUUCAACCGAUCCAUCCUGAACGUGAUCUGGGCGAUGGUGAUGGGCAAGAGGUACUCCUACGACGACGAUAAACUGGUCACCCUCCUGAAGACGUUCAUCGCUCCGGGUGACAUCAACUUCCUCUCUCCUCUCCACUUCAUCCCCGGAGUGCUCAAGUUUGCUCCGUACUUGCCCGGUUUCAAGAAUAUAGUUCAGCCGGUUAGGAACAUUGCCAACUUCGUCAAGAAUGAGCUGAAGGAAUUCAGAAACAGCGAACGAGCAGAGACGAGCGAUUGUCUGACGGCUCUGUAUCUGCGAGAAAUCGAGGAGCACGAAGGCGAAUCUUCCUUCUUCCACUUGGAUCAGCUAAUAUGUGUGAUUUUCGAAAUGUUUGUUGCGGGAAGUGAGACGACAUCAAGCACACUGACCACGGCGGUGUACUUGCUCGCCAAACACCCGGAGGUCCAAAAAUGCCUCCAAGAGGAACUGGACAGGGUGGUGGACAGAGAUCAGCUGCCGUCCUUCUCCCAGAUGGACCAGUUGCCGUACACAAUGGCCACCAUACACGAGGUGCAAAGGACAUUAAAGCUCGUGCCAUUUAGUCUCCCACACUCUGUGAUGGCAGAUGUCACAGUCAGUGGCUACACGAUUCCUAAAGGAACAAUUCUUAUUGGCAACAUGGAAGACUGUUUGGUGGAUCCAGCUUUGUGGAGGAACCCGAAUGAGUUCGACCCAAGGAACUUCCUCGACGAUAAGGGGAAAUACAAACGAAAUGAGGCUUUCAUGCCUUUUGGGUCAGGCAAGAGGCAGUGCGUAGGAGAGCCCUUGGCCCGCCUCGAACUCUUCCUCUUCUUCGCCUGUGUGAUGCAGCGCUUCCACUUCUACGAUGUGAUCGAGGAACCCGUCACCAAUUACAACCCGCUCUUCACGGCGCCACCAAAGUAUAGUGUGAAAGCAAAAGCCAGAUACUGAUAUAUGACGUUGCAGAUAACGUCCUUUGAAUGUGAUGUCACUUCUGCUGUUCUUUAUAUUAAGCUAGAUGAACGCCAGAAUGAAUUGGGUAGAUUAUUGCUGCACUGUUAUCAUUACUGUUUUAAAUAAUACCUUUAUUGAUAUUGUUGCUGUUAUUAUCAUCAUUAUUGUACAAUUGUUUCUUUUAUUAUUAUCUUUAUUAUUACCAUUAUAAUUAUGAUUAGUACCAUUUACAAUUUCUGUAUUUAUAACGAGAGAAAUCGUAUUGGAUCACUACUUCUAAAGAAUAAAGACGCACAAUACGGCGUAUAUAGUGAUUAUGGCAUUCCGCUGACAGUUUUGAAAUGUAAUGAUUCGAAUACAAUUAAAGAAUUUCAUGUGAUUAUGGAGCGUUAUUUAUAUCUUUAUAAUAUUUUUGAAUAGAUAAAACAGAUGUUCACUAUAUAGCUUUGAGAAUUAGACUAAAAUAAAAUGAAUAUAAU